AAACCAACUCAGUAACAGCGGUUGAGGCGAUAAACGACUUAUCGAAUCCGAGGCUUAGUUUUUUUAAACAACAAAAUGAUGUCCUGUAUUACCAACGUCAAUUCUGGCAAGGGAGUGUUCCUUAUUUCAGAGUCAUAAGAUAUCACAGCGCAACUGAACAAGCGGAGCGAAUUUAUAAUGGACCCGGCAGGCUCCUCGAUGUGACAGCAGACUCGAUUUAUCUGCAGCAUGAUAAAGACGAUGAAAAAGGACUAUUUCGGUUUGAUAUUGCCUCGCAGGAAUUACAGUUUUUAGCAACUACUUCUCCACAUCAGUGCAGCACAGUAAGGCAUGGUGCAAUCCUUGAAAGUGGUAAUCGCACUUAUUCCUUGCAAUUGAACAAUGAGCUUUAUCUGAUUACUGGUGAAGGUUAUCUGAAGCGAAUUGACACAACAACGCAAUCGGUGACCAACCUGGGGUGUGCUGAAGAUCUAUUUACCGAUGGUGAGCAAGUGUUUUUAUUGCGAAAUCGGGGACAGCGGUAUUACUCCACCCUUUGGCGUGUAGAACCAGGUAAUAAUGAGAUAUUACCUGUGUUGGACGCGCAAAUUCGAUAUUAUGCGAAUAUCGGAAGUAAGCUUUAUUACGAGACAAUUGAUGCGGAAAGUGGCACUAAUUUAUCGGUCUAUCACUUUGAUGAACACUAUAAUCAAUGGAUAGCGCAACGCUUCAAUGCGGAUACUUACAGUUUUGUAUUGCAAAGCAUCCAGCAAAUUGGGGAUAACAUUUAUUAUUUUUCCAGAACCAGGAACCCAGAUUAUCCCGCUCCUUCUGAACCUCAGUUUAUCUAUCUGAUCUGGCGAGCAGGAGACGAGCUGCCCUUAAAAACCUUUGAUGGUAACGAAUUAUGGCCAGUUCUUAGUCAAACGGCACAGUUUGCAGGUGAUAUCUGGUUUACUGCCGAUAUAAAUCAACAUGGAUUAUACAGUAGAGGUGAAUUGGCCAGGUUGCACAUCGGAACAGAUUAUAUCAAUCAAAGCANAAAAUUAGACUUUGAUGGUGAUAAUCGCGCCGAUGUCGCCUUUCAUGACUCAUUUGGGAA